AUGUCACGGUUAACACCACUGGAGGUGGCACUGGGUCAAGAAGACGACUCGUCCGGCCCCAAGAGCUCCUCAGACGACUCCUCCAAGACGGUGGGCCUCCUGAGCGGCCAGGCUCCCAUCUCGCCCCUCAGCCGCUGGAUGCUGCACAGUAAAAGCAGGGCGGCCAACGCCACCUCCCUGGAGCUGCCCUACCGCUCCCCGGUCCCUUUCUCCAAGCAGGAGUUUUCUAAACAGGAGUUCUGGGAGAUGCUGGGCAGCGAUCUGCUCAAACCCGACGCCUCGAGCUCCAGGGUGAAACGCCGGCCGAUUGUUAAGACCGGCAAGUUCAAAAAGAUGUUUGGCUGGGGUGACUUCUAUUCCAACAUCAAGACGGUGAGGCUGAACCUGCUGAUCACCGGCAAGAUUGUGGAUCACGGUAACGGCACGUUCAGCGUCUACUUCCGGCACAACUCCACGGGCCAGGGCAACAUCUCCGUCAGCCUAGUGCCACCCGUCAAGGCGGUGGAGUUUGACCUGGAGCGCCAGAGCGUGGUCUACCCCAAGGACUCCAAGAUCUUCAACUGCCGCGUGGACUAUGAGAAGGUGGAUCGCAGCAAGCGCACCUCGUUGUGCAACUACGACCCAUCCAAGACCUGCUUCCAGGAGCAGAUCCAGAGCCACGUGUCCUGGAUUUGCUCCAAGCCUUUCAAGGUCAUCUGUAUCUACAUUUCCUUCUACAGUACGGACUACCGCCUGGUGCAGAAGGUCUGCCCGGACUACAACUACCACAACGAGAUGCCCUACCUGCCCUCAGGCUAGAAGACUGUGUAGAAAGGGGGGAGGGAGGAGAGGCGGGAGGAGAGAGGAAAAGGGGGAUGAGUGGGAGUGACUGCUGGGCUGUGAAUUGUCCUUAAUGCCAUAGUGGCAGCGAGACACCUUAACAAAAAGAAAAAAAAGAAAAAAAAAGAAAAAACCCUCUCUGUAGCCUGAUUAUUGUAAGAUGUAAAAACAUAUAUGCAAAACAAAAACUACAGUAUGCAGAUAAUGAGGCAUUUGAAAUGCUUAACUGCAGCAUUCAUUAACUGGACUGGUAGUGAAAGUCAAACACCGCCAACAUGCACAUUCUUACCUC